GGGGUGACCAAGAAAUCUGAUGAGGGCAGUGCGGUGGAUGCUGUCUACGUGGACUUUAGCAAAGCCUUUACUGCAUGAUGGUCCAUUGAGUAAGGUUAAAUAUCACAGUGUCCAGGCACAGUUGGCCAUUUGGAUAUAAAAUUGAUUUGACGUUAGAAGACAAGAGAGUUGUUUUUCAGACUGGAGGACUGUGAGCAAUGGUGUGCUGCAAGGAUCAGUGCUGGGUUCACUGUUACUCAUGGUUUAUAUCAAUGAUUUGGAUGACAAUUUAGGAGGUGUGGUUUGCAGAUGACACCAAAAUUGGUGGUAGUGGACAGAGGAGGAGGUUAUCUGGGAAUACAGCAAGAUCUUGAUCAACUGGGCCAGCGGGCUGAGGAAUGGCAGACAGUUUGAUUUAGAUAAAUCUGAGGUGUUGCAUUUUGGUUAGACAAACCAGGGCAGGAGUUACACAGUCAAUGGUAAGGCCCUGGGAGGAGUUAUAGAACAAACUGAUCGAGCGCUACAGGUUCAUAGCUCCCUGAAAGUGGUAGACAGGGUGGUGAAGAAAGCUUUCGGCAUGCUUGCUUUCAUCCGACAGAGCAGUGAGUUUGGACGUCUUGUUGCAGUGGUGGGGGAUGUUGGUGAGGCCACAUAGAAAGGAUAUUAUUAAACUAGAAAGAGUGCAGAAAAGAUUUACUGGGAUGCUACCAGGACGGGAAUGUUUGAGUUAUAAACAGAGGCUGGAUAGGCUAGGACUUUUUUCCCGAGGUUGUAGGACACUGAGGGGUAACCUUUAUAGAGGUUUAUAAAAUCGUGAGGGGCACAGACAAAGUACAUGGGGAAAGAUUUUUUUCCCCAUAGUAGGGGUAUCUAAAAGUAGGGUGAGAGGGGAGAGAUUCGAAAGGGACUGGAGGGGCAGUUUUUUUACACAAAGGAUGGUGAGUGUCUGGAACAGGCUGCCGGAGGUAGUGUAUGGUAGGGCGAGUACAAUUGUAUAAUUUAAGAAACAUUUGGACAGGUACAUGGAUAGGAUAGGUUUGGAGGGAUUUGGAGCAAACAUAGGUAAAUGGGAUUAGUUUAAAUUGUAAAAACUGGGCGGCUUGGACACAUUGGGCAGAAGGGCCUGUUUCCAUGCUGUAAUCCUGAAUGACUGCAUGAUGGAGGCAGACAGUCACCAGACAGGGUCAUGUCACUCAACAGCCAGAGAUGAAGGAAGCCAGCGGGAGAUUUGAACUGCAAAGCUGAAGAUAUUUGAUGUGACACUGUGACUGAAAGCACCUUUAUGCUCCCUUAACCAUUGAACUGUUGACCUUUGCAACAGCCUGACUGCUCCCUGUCACUUCCCCUGCCCCCUGUAAUGGCCUGAGCCUCUUCAGAGAUUUGGUGCUGUUUGGGAUGAAGAGAGCAGCUGUUUUGAGGAUGUGAGGGCCCUAUGUGGAGUCCUCAGAUUGAGUUUUGGUGCAAAGGGGAAGAGAUGUCCAUCUUCUUUCCCCACCUAACCAGGGCUCGUGCCUGGCGAUCUCGGCCACUCUCAAGCCAGUAACACACGCCUACAACGUGUGGGUGUUGUUGUCCUGUGAGCAAGGAGCUGCAAGGGACUUUAAGGGGCACGGGACAUGCAGUCGGACGAUUUUUUCUACAGGAAGUUCAAGAGGAACAACCCAAGGCCUUUGCUGUCAGCAGUGAGCUUUGAACCCAAGGCACCCAGGUCGACUCCGGAGCCUGCUGGGACGACAGUGCGGGCCAGGAUCUCCGAAUGGCCGCCCCGGCGAGAGUCGCUGGAGGACGGGGCUGCGAGAAACCACGGCUGUGAAGAGAAAGGGGCCUCUCGACCCCUUGACGAGGCUGCGGGCCCCAAGGGCAUCGCAAAGGAGCUGGCAGCCAAGAUGACAGCGCAGGGACGUAACCCGGUCAUCCAGCGCAGCAACAGUGAGGUGACCAUCACCGACAGCAGCUGCGGCCAGGGCUCAGACCAGCAGGUUGUCCACACCUGCACCGGGGCAGCCCUCCACCGGGACUACGGCAGUGCCUCUUCCAUUGAGCGUCAGCAGUUACGAGACGGGGAGGGUGAUGCCAACAGGACAGGGUCGGAGGUCGGCAGCGCUGCUCGCUUCCGCGACCCCUACCUGCUGCUGGGCUUGAGGGAGAGCCCUGGUGCCGAAGAGAGAGCAGCAAAGGGCAGGCCCAAUCUGACGGCCGAACCACCCGCUGAGGCCGCGGUGUUCCGAAAGCUCAAGACCCAGAGAAGUGACCCAGAGAGCCCGAGGUCACCGCCCCCGGUGUCGGCCCUGGUGCCGGGCCCUAAUGACACUUGCCCGCCCUGGACCAGUGCCAAGAACGUGGUCCACUAUGACGUGCAGAGCAUCCUGUUUGACCUGCACCAGGCUGUGUCCAACCGUGACAGCACCGGGCGGCCUAAGAACAUCAUCACUGGAGCCUCUGCCGCUUCCCAGCUGCCGGCACAGCCUACCUCUCCCAGCAACAGUGGCAGCAUUGAGGAGCUCCACCAGCUGCCAGCAAAAUGGGUCGCGCCGGCAGCGGCCGGGGCUGGCACCGGAGGAGAUCUGGGAGAUGCCGAGGACACCCAGCUGGUCCUCAGCUGCCCGCAUUUCCGCAACGAGGUGGGUGGCGAGGUGGAGCCAAGGAAUGCCAGUCAGUGUCCCAAUGCUGCUGUGUCGGUGCUGGAGGAACCGCGAGAGAGCUAUCUGGCCCGGCAAGGGACCGCUGCUUACUUCAUUGAGCAUGCAGACCUGGGCGCCAACUAUUACCGGAAGUAUUUCAGUGGUAAAGAACAUCAAAACUUCUUUGGAACAGAUGAGACCCUUGGGCCAGUGGCAGUGAGCCUGAGGCGGGAAGAAAAAGACAAGGAUGCAGGGAGCAGCUCGCAGUAUUACUACAGGAUUAUUAUCAGGACAACGGAGCUGCGGACUCUCCGUGCAUCGAUCCUGGAGGAAUCGUUUCCCUCAUCCAUCCGUCAUGGCACGCAGAGGGGGAUUCCGCCAAAGAAACUUCUGGAGUAUGUGGUGCCGGGGCUGAACGUCCAGUGUCUUCGAUUGGCAUCUAACUCCCCUAAAGUGCCGGAAAUGCUGCUGAAGUUGGAUGAACAAGGGCUAUCUUUCCAGCGCAAAGUGGGGAUCAUGUACUGUAAAGCAGGACAGAGCACAGAGGAAGAGAUGUACAACAAUGAAACCGCUGGUCCAGCCUUUGAUGAGUUCCUUGACCUCCUGGGCCAGAGGGUGAAACUGAAGGGCUUUGAGAAAUAUCGAGCUCAGCUGGACAACAAGACGGACUCCACGGGUACUCAUUCGCUCUACACCACGUACCAGGAGUAUGAGAUUAUGUUCCACGUGUCAACUAUGCUUCCGUAUACUGCCAACAAUAGCCAACAGCUUUUAAGAAAGCGUCACAUUGGCAACGAUAUAGUCACCAUCGUCUUCCAGGAGCCCAGAGCUGGCCCGUUCACACCAAAAACCAUCCGAUCGCACUUCCAACAUGUCUUCCUAGUGGUACAAGUUCACGAUCCCUGCACUGACGAUGUGUCAUACAGUGUUGCAGUCACCCGAUCGAAAGAUAUUCCUGAGUUUGGGCCCUUUUUCCAGAAGGGGGUGACCUUCCCUAAAUCGGCCAACUUCCGGGACUUUUUGCUUGCCAAAGUCGUCAAUGCUGAGAACGCGGCAGAGAAGUCGGAGAAGUUCCAUGCCAUGGCCACGAGAACGCGGCAGGAGUACCUCAAGGACCUAGCGGAUAACUAUGUCACCACAGCUACCCUGGACUCUUCCUCAUCCAAACUGGCAGCCAUCAUCUCGCUGCCUACCAAGAAGAAGGAGAAGUUGAAGUUGAACCGGGCCCCCGAGAUGCACAGUGCCGGCGCUCUGGUCUGGAGUGUUACUGCCCGCCUGACGCAUACCCCUGAGGAAGCUGAGUGCGUCCUGGGAAUCUCCAAUGAGUUUGUUGUGCUGCUUGAUCAGAAGCUGCGAGUGGUUGUGUGGAAUUGCUCCUGCCGGGAUGUGAUUGGUUGGACCUUAUCUCCUGGGACCAUUAUAAUUUAUUACGAGCGAGGAGAAUUCGUGAUGAUUAAGACUUUGGAAAGCCAGCCAGAUGACAUCACUGAAAUUGUUCAACGGCUGGAGGUCGUAACCACAGGAUGUGAAACUGAAGAUCUUGUCCUCCUCAGGAACAGUGUCCACCAUCUGGGCUUUCAAACCAACGGAGAAGGAAUUGUGACCCAGGUGGAGAAGAAAGGUUACGCUGACCUGAAGGGCCUGAAGCUUUACAGCCGGUUGGUCAGGAUCUGCGACAUUCCGGUGGUGUCCCUGUCCUACAAGGAGAGGGCUGAGUAUCUGAGGAAAGCCAACAGCGUGAGGAUAACCGUCAUCCCACCUGACAGCAAGGGAAAGCCGAGAAUGAGUUUUUCUGAGCUGUACCGAAAGUCAAUCGAGGAGACUGAGCGAAAGGGAGAAAGAGUGACAGACACGGGCCUGGGGUCUCCUUGCUUGCGAAUCCUAAGGAUGUCCUCGCUCCAGGAAACCCGCAACACCAGUUCAGAGGGGGAUCAGUGCCUGACAAUGCGUAGCUGCUCUCUGGAGAAGACAUCUGCCCAAAGCCAGAGGACUAAGGAAGAUGCUGACUUCAGUUCCCUAAAGGCAUCACCUCCUGAUCUCAUCUUGGCUGCAAACUCUCAGCACCUGCUGCCUUCUGGAAACCUGGAGCCAGAUGCAGGUGACACCCAGGCUGCUACUCUCCAAAACUCUUUCUCUGGGACCAACUCUGCUGGGAUUUCCUCUUCGAGCAGCUCCGAUCCUGACCUCCAGGACUCCCAACAGGCCCAUCUGACUGAAUCCAUGUUGAGCAGCUCACCUGCUGGCGCCAACCAAAACUUGCCAUCUUGCCUCGAACUGGCCGAUACUGCGACCUCUGAUAACUCUAACACUGAGUGGCAGUCAUUGGCAGACAUAGCUUCAUACUGUGAUAGCCUGGUACAGUCCCUUUCGCUGGAAGAUGAGAGCACAGCAGAGCCAUCCAGAGCUGAUAACAGGGUUGACUUCACAGAAGCAGGCAGAUCAAGUCAAUCUCCAACAGGCCUCAAUGAGAAAGUGGUUCAUUUGGAAGCUAUUGUCAAGCAGCUGAAUGAGAAGCUGAUUAAGGAGCAAGAGGACAAGGCUUUGCUGGAGACUGAGGUGGAGCAGCUGCGGCAGAAUAAUCAGCGUCUUCAUCUGGAGUCACAGACCACGGUGUGCCACCUCUUAAAAGUAACUGAAUUACUGUGCCGUACCGCCCCAAAGCCUUCCUAACGUGCAUUAAGUAGGAGGGAGUGAGAAUUCGCUGGUUCGCUGUGCCUGAGUGGGACCCGCCUCUCAAUGGCGAGAAGGGCCACGCAAUUGUACCUGGCGCUGACUCGUGUUGUUUCUGGAAUCUUCCGGCACUGGGCUGCUGCUCUGUCAGAGUUCCAUUUUUUCUUGUGUUGUGUCAUUUUUUCUACUGUGGUUUAGUGCUUCUAGCAUCAUUACACUGACAGCAUGUUCUGUACAUACAUGGCUCAGGGAGUGAUCUUGUUGUCUCCUUUAGUACUCUGCUAAAUUUGGGAACAUUUUCACAGUCAUUGCAUGGGACAGGAGUUGGCUGUUUGGUCUAGCUGGUCUAUGCUCCUCAUGAGCCUCCUCCCAUGUGUUUCCCCCAUUUCCACCUCACCCUGUCAGCAUUGCCUUGGCAGCUUGAUUAACUGACAUUCCUCUUAAUAAUUACAAAAUAUUUUUGGCUUUUUAAAGCUUUACGGACUGUAACCAGUGAAUGUGGGGCUUGUACACGUUAAAGGUCAUGGAGGCCAACGGUUUUGAUCCUGCUCCCCCCCCCUCCGACUACCUGGGCUUUGCUGCAUGCUGUAGUUUGGUUGUGGUGGGGGUGGAAUGAUAGCUCAUGGAACCAGCAUGUGGUUAGCAUGUGCGCCAUCUGCUGUUUGGCUGUGAGCAGAAAGCGUGCAAUUCAAUACGGCCGAAGGGAUGCUGAGAUGCUGAUUUGACCUUGUCAAUGAAUCCAUGCUUUCCAGCCUCUCAGCCCUCCUGUGGCCAGGAAAUGAAAGGCAGCGAAUGUCAACAUUCACAAGGUGAUCAGCCUGGCGUAGACCCUUCCAAAAGGAGCUGAGUUUUCCUUAGGACUUAUUCUGCAUCAUGUCAAGUCAAAUAGAUGUGGAAAAAUACCUUGAGUUUUCCCAUAGCUUAUGUAAUACAUUCCAAAGCCAAAUAGAAAAAUCUU